AUGUCGUUGUCGGUCGUGGCCGAGAGGCUCAACGACAUCAUCAAGGAUCGGCGAGAUCGAUCUCGGAUCGAGGCGAAACCUGUUUCCCCAGGGCCUGGGAAAGGGCCCCGACUCGCACGCAGGGAGGUAAAAGUCAAGGACUGCGAGAUAAAACCAGCGAAAGAGUGUGCAACCGAUGGAUCAGGAAAGGCAAUCCAAUCCAGCGAGGAGUCCGCGGAAAGCAUCUGGGACUCUCUGCGGAACCAGCAGCAGCAGGAGGGAGGGAGGGGUGAAAGAGUGAAGAGAGAGUCGAUGGUGUGA